CUCGUUCCCCUCGUCAUUCUGUCAUUGGGGCAGAACACACUCACUAUUUCAAGUUAGUCGAGAAAAGGAAACCUUUCCCUACACGGAAUAGAUAACUCAUUUGUAGCGACGCUUUUUUUUAAAUUAUUCACAAUGGGCUCAGGGGAAAGUACGACCAGAAAAGUGUCUUUUGGUGUAGACGACGAGGAGAGAGUCAGGAUCCUUCGUGGAGUCAAGCUUUCAGAAGAUGUCCUGCAGAGGAUGAAGGGUGUGGCCAACAUGCCUCCACCACAUGCUCCACCUUCCACAAGCUCCCAAAAAGACACAGGGACCUCUUUCAGUGCCAGCUCCAGCACCAGACCCCAACAGAGCCCACAGCAGCGGGCCCAGUCAAGCGCCCCGCCAAAAACUAGCAAAACAACCACUAAAGUCAAGGAGGAACAGAGGAAGUAUGAACGCCAGAAGAGCAUAUUAAAGGAGACUGAGACAGGGAAGGAGGAGAUUAUUAAAGCAAUGACCAGAGAGAGACAGCAAACACGCCAGGACGCUGAGAAGACCAAACAAUUGGUUCAGGAGCUGCAGAAGAAAGAGUUACAGCUGAAAGCACUGGAUGCUUUCUACAAGGAGCAGGUGGCGCUACUUGAGAAGAAGAACAUGGAAAUAUAUGAACAGAGUAAGGAGCAAUUCCACCAAGCUGCCUCCAAGACAGAAUCAAAUGUGAGGUCUCGCAGCACCGACCCCGUGUGUUUGGGCCUGCAAGCUCAGAUAUUGACUUGUUACAAGGAGAACGGACAGCAGACUUUAAGGUGUUCGGACCUGGCCAAAGAAUACAUGCGGUGUAUCAAUGCUGCAAAGAGGAACAACCUGGUCAACCAUGGAUGAUGAAGACCGACGCGAGCUUUUCUCACUUAAUAUUCCAUCAUAAACUUUUGUCGACUUAUUGGAAGACUUAAGUCGCCUGCUUUUGAAAGUAUUAUUCCAUGCUAUUUAUUUGCAGCAUCAUAAAUCAUGCUGUAUUUCUGCACUGCUCCAUUUUACACAGGACAAAGAAGGAGUGCGUUGAACACGUCCAAUUCAGCCUUCUCGCAAAAUGAUGUCCAACUAUUUGUCCUAUUUAUAUUGCAAAUAUGCAUCCGGUGUUCCUUCAUGCACCACAUGAAUGUCCACUUCACUUUGCGUCCUAAUUUCUGCUGCUUGUGUUGCCACGGCGGGGGAAAAUAGAAAAAGAAAGCAUGAGGACUUUUCAAGAUUUGUGGUUUUGUACGUCGCACAGCACUUUUAGGUCCUUUUGGUCGUGACUUUAGUGCAC